AUGAUUACACCAACACCUGUUCACGAUUCAGUGAAGGAGUUUCAAGAUAAGAGCAUAGACGAGAACCUAGAUUAUGCGCUAUUGAAACAUGAAAAAUCUCAUUUACAAAGAAAAUUAACAGAACAACGCUAUUUUUACAAACAACUGCAAGUGUUGUACUCCCAAGUUGAAAAGACUAAGAAUUACCAAGAAUUCAUCGAUGUCUUGACCAAUUUGAAACCUCUGCUAAGAGAAAUAUUCACUUUGGAAGGCCAGCAAAGACGGUCGAGUAAGUUUAGCACCGACAUCGAUAUCGACUGGACGAAAUAUGGUAUUGACGUACUGGAAUACGUCUCUGCAAAUGACCAGCUGUUGGCGAUGUACACAGAAGGGUUAUUGUUGUAG